AGCGACUUCUUUGUUCGUCCUGGGCACAAAGCCAGACAUGGCGGCCGCGGUGUUUAGAUCGACUUUUGGCUUUGUCUCAAAACUCUUCAACCGCACUCAUGCAUCUCAGAGUCGUACUGCCGAGGUCGAGCCUCGAGGAAAAAAACGCAAGCAAGUCGAAAGCGACAGCGAAAAUGAAGAUCUGCACGACGGUGACAACAAUCUUCUCCGGUCUGCCAAACGCCCGCGUCUCUUCAAAGGUCGACCAGACUCGGUUCCAUACUCGCUAGACACCACCUCAGACACAAUUACACUUGCGUUCCCACAUCAGCCAUUCGGCCACACCUCCAAAGCUGACCGAGAUCGAUCAUUAAUGCCACCUCCCACAACACCCUUCGGUCAACCACAAAGGCCCAAAGAAGACGACGCCAUUUCAUUUACUUCGAUGAAUACGACCAAGCGAAGAAUAGCAGACAUGGAUGAGGAUCAGAUCGAGGCUGCAAGGCGCCAUGCCGCUGCGAUCAGGAUCCCCGAAGAUUCUGGUAUCUGGUCCGAGGCAGAGCAGGACCUUUACUACCACCUCGGCUACCGUGGCUUUGAACCUCUUCUUCCACAGAGUUGGAUGAUUGACUUUGACACUUUGCCUCUAAGUGUCUUUGCUCAUGAGGCUUCGACCGAUCUACCACUGAUCCACGGGACCCGAGACAAUCAAUUUCGCGCUGCACAUGCCCUUCGCAAUCUCCUUGAAGCAGGCCAUGAUGUUCGUGACAGAACCCAUGUCAGUCCAGGCUUGCGCAGGGAGAAGAUCCUUGAACGUGUCGUCAAUCGUUAUCUGACCUGGGCAUUAGCGGACAUUGGCCUACGGCCUAGAUCAGACCCGGACUUUUUACCCACCCACAUCGUCCUCGCCCAUAGGAAGGGCCGCUCUACCUUGGAGACUCUUCAAAAGAUGACCACAAAACUCCACAGGUUAGCCGAGCGUCAUCGGCAGGCGCGGACAGUCUACAAAAGUGUCGAGAUCGAUCCCUCCACUACUCCUUUCGUGGACGCUCAUGCCGACGAAGAAUACAAAGAUUGUCCAACCAUGAUCGGCCUUGUAAUCGUUUCUUCAGUUGUGGUUGUGGUGACGCUAAAUCACUUGGGGGACCAAGACCAAGAACACCCUACUACCAUCGCUCCAAAGGAAACAGCAUUGAAAAACAUUUCAACGACCUUCGAACAAACGCAGCCCGGUACUCUAAGAACCAUGAUCAACCUUGACUUCAGCAAGAGCGAUCAAGAUGUUUGGAAUUCGCUCGGUAUAGCCAUUGUGGCGAUGAGUAUCAGAAAAGAAGCACUCAAGAGUAAUGUCCCGCAAAUGUUGGACGACGGAUGGGACGCCGCUUCAUUCGUCACAUCGCGCUAUGGGGACGACGACAUGACAAGUAGGCUUGGAGACCUUGACGACCCAGACUUGUGAUGAUAUGGGGUUGCACACGAGGAGGAUGAGCUGGAGAUACAGAAAUGUGACCCAAAUUUGUCAAAGGUGAUUGUUGCCCUGUCAAGUUCGAUAUCGAUCAGAUACUUGAACGUUGGAGCAUUGGUAUCGACACUCUCAUGAGAGAAGAACUUCUUGCCUGGAGCUUCCAGAAUGAGCGGGAUGGGGCUGUUGGUUGAGGCUCAGGGUCACACUAAGCGAGUGAUUAAAGCAUGUUUCCUUCUUUUCGAGAUCAG